ACACGAUGGGUGAUCUCCAAGUCGUCGGAGGAAUCAAGAAACUCAACAACAACAACUACAAAACGUGGGAAACAUGUAUGAAGUCCUACUUACAAGGACAAGAUCUAUGGGAGGUCAUUGGUGGAAGCGAAACUACGCCACCAGAGGAAGACGUUAAUGGUGCUUUACGUAAAUGGAAAAUCAAAGCAGGCAAAGCAAUGUUUACCUUGAAGACCACAAUCGAAGAAGAGAUGUUGGAGCAUAUUCGGGAUCAGAACACCCCGAAAGAAGCUUGGGAUACGUUUGUGACGCUUUUCUCAAAGAAGAAUGAUACGAGACUACAACUUUUGGAGAACGAGCUAUUAUCAAUCUCACAACGUGACAUGACGAUUGCUCAAUAUUUCCACAAGGUCAAGUCGAUAUGUCGGGAGAUCACUGAACUAGAUCCGCAAUCUGUCAUUGCAGAAGCUCGAAUGAAGAGGAUCAUUAUCCAUGGACUGAGGCCGGAAUAUAGAAGCUUUGUUACUGCUGUACAAGGAUGGCCCGCUCAACCAUCACUUGUAGAGUUUGAGAAUUUGCUGGCUAGCCAAGAAGCUAUGGCUAAGCAAAUGGGAGGCAUCACGCUGAAGAGUGAAGAAGAAGCACUCUACACAAGUAAAAGUCGGAGGAAUUUCAAGCCACCUUCUAAAGAAGGAUACAAAAAUGCUGACAAAGGGAAGAGUCAACCAGGAACCUCACAACCAUGGAGAUCUCAAAAGACCGACAAUAAGAGUUCUCGGGGGAGGAGGUUCGAAGGCAACUGCAACAAUUGUGGAAAGUGGGGCCACAUGUUCAAGGAUUGUUGGUCAAAGAAAAAGUCUGUGGAAAGCAAUGUAGUAACUUCCAAAAAGGAAGUAGAGGAUGAAUGGGAUGCUGAGGCACUAUUUGCUAUAGAAGAGAAUAAGACUAAAAGAGGACGGUUAAUGUUCCUGGAAACCAGGGUAAAUGGAGGAUACACCAAGGCAUUGGUAGAUACAGGUGCAUCUCAUAAUUUCCUUGCUGAAGAUGAAGCUAGGAAGCUGGGCAUCAAAUACACCAAAAAUCCAGGCCGGUUGAAAGUCGUCAACUCUUUAUCCAAGCCUAUCAUUGGUGUUGCAUAUGGAGUACCUCUUAAGAUAGCAGAAUGGGAAGGCACCAUAGACUUGACAGUGGUGCAUAUGGAUGACUAUCGUAUGGUAUUGGGAAUGGAUUUUCUAGACAAUGUACGACCCUGGUCAUUUGAGAGAGAUGAUACCAUGCGUAUCACUAAGGGUUCAAUAAUUCACAUUGUACCCUUGAAGAGAAGUAGGAUUGGAUCCCAAAUCCUAUCAACUAUGCAACUCGACAAAGGUCUCAAGAAGAGUGAGGCAAUGUUUAUGACAGCCUUGAAGGAGGAAAUUGUUCCCUCAAAGAUGGACAUUCCGAAGGAGAAGAAGAACAUAAUGUCACCAGGGUUACAUAAAAACUCGCAUCUUAGACGAAAAGUGGAACAUGUGAUGGAGAAACUGGAUAAGGUGAAUAAGAAGAAAAACACAUUAAUUCGUAAGAGCAAAGAAUUUUCCAGGGCUUGUAAAAGGGACAACCCACAUGCUUACAAGUUCGCCAACGGGAGGCAUAAGAAACUAUAUAAGAGAGUUCAACGGGGUCACGAACAAUAUCAUGGUGCAACAAAAGGCAACCACGGAUGUCGUUGUCAACUAUGGAAACAAUAUAUGAAGCAACGACUGCAACAACUGAGGAAAAACAAAACAUGUGGAAGAGAAAAAGUUCUCAAGGAAGAAGUCAAUAUGAAACAUAUCAAGACUAAUGACCAAGUAGCAAAUGGAGUUCAUAAAGGGUUAAGUACUGACAAAUAUGAGGGCUUUAAUUAUCAGCUCAACAUGGUACAAUGAAUAGGGGCUAGUGCUGAGGGGGAGUGUUGAAGGUCAUCAAUAGCCCAAUAGAAUCAUGUUAUUGUCUAGAAGAAGUUAGCAUGUUCUAGAAUGAUCUGGAAGAUUCUAGAACAUUAUGGAAUACUAUGGAGGAGUGUUGAAGAUGCCGGAAGAUUCUAGAAUACUCUAGAACGAGAUGGAAGACCCCGGUAGGACAUUAUAGAACAUUCUAGAAACAUAUAAAAGCUUGUAAUAGAUAUAGAAUAUGGUAGAUAGUUCUAGAAUAGCCAUGAAUGUAUGUAGAUCUAGAAACUUCCUAUAAGGAGGUGAAAACACCUAUAAAUAGGUGUGGAGCUCAUUUGCUCCAAACCAUCCCAACAUCCAAGUAUCCAAGAAAGCCUCAAAGAGAGAAAAGUGUGUAGUAGUCUCACAAAAAGUGUAAGUUCUCCUUAAGUGUCUUAAUAAAAGUCUUGUUGUUUCCCAUAUAAAAGAGUCGUGUUCAACAUCUGAAGAGUUACCUGAGGAGUAACAAACUUAAUCUGAAGUCUCUAUGUUUAAGAGUUAGGCUGAAAACAGAACACAAACAGGGGAGACCAUCCAAUGUUCCAACAUUUUGAAGUCACAACACUUGCACUCUUUGCUUUAUGAAAUUGAAAUCAGUUUCAAUGAGACUCCAAUACCUCACUUCUCUCUAGCAUCUCGCUGUUGACAACUGCUAAAAGAGUAGAAGAGGCUCUCUGGGAAUUACAAAAUUAAUAUGAAGAUAAGUGUUCCUGAGUUCUGCAUAUGCUUCUCUACAAGCAGACAAAUCGACUUCCAUGGAAAAAUUCAGAUGUUUUUGUUCACCACAACUAAGUUGUAAUUGAAUCAUUUCUUUUUAUUCAACUUGUAUGAGUUCCUUGGAAUCUCUUGCUUGUUGUCAUGUAACUGGAUCAUUUUUAUACGUGCCUAUAGUACUGCAUUUAUAGAUGUAGAUGACCAAAAUAUUUUAUGGUACUCGUGUAUCGAUAUAUGUUCUUUGUACCAAAAGGAGUAACAAAGAUUUAACUCAACUUGAUCGAUCA